GUCUCAGUGUGCUGGAACACGCAGGACAAAAUGGACGACGAUGACGUGAAUGCAGAAUACCCUACAGAGAUCCAUGAAUAUCUUUUGGCUUUUGAAAAAUCAGUUGGCAGUGUUGAUGAAAUGUUGACCAAAAUGAUGUCGGUCUCUAGAUCUGAACUUCUACAGAAACUGGAUCCAGUUGAACAAGCAAAACUUGAUUUGGUGUCUGCAUAUACCUUAAACUCCUUGUUUUGGGUGUAUCUGGUCACUCAGGGAAUUAAUCCUAAGGAGCAUCCUGUGAAAGAUGAACUGGAAAGAAUACGAAGCUACAUGAACAGAGUGAAAGAAAUAACAGAUCGCAAGAAAGCUGCCAGACUUGACAAAGGAGCUGCACAGAGAUUUAUAAAACAUGCUCUGUGUGAUCUUACUCCCGAAGAGGACUCUCCAGCCAAGAAAAAGUCCAAAUCAAAGAAAAAAUAAGAGUAUUUUGUCCCUCUUCUGUUUAG